AUAAGUAGAGGAUAUUAAGGCCAGACACGGCACCUAAAAUUGACAUAACUGCUUCAAUAUGUCAAAAUCAAGAUUUUGAUUUUUUUCGCAUAUAUAAUACAUGUACUUUGUGAUGCAACAUGUUUUUUACGAUAUUGUGUACAUUUACUGAAUAAAAAACGUUAUUAAAAUCAUAAUGUGUGGUAUUGUUUUUAAAUAUGAUCGUAAUCAACGUGGAAAAACCUGAACUUUCACUCAUGACAACGCCCCCGUAGCUGUAACGAACCCCUUCAUGUUAUACAUCGAUAGAAAGCUGAUCGUUUCCGCCAUGUUUCUGUGCAAAAACAUUCUAAAAAUAGAUAUUCCACGUGAGGCUAUCGUCACUUUUCCCGCGAGUGAUUUUGUACGUAAACUACCAUUUAAGGAGAAAUAUCCCAUAAUGCAACAUUCGGGAAUAUUCGUUCGAUCCAAAUAAAGUAAAACGUAUCCCACAAUGCACCAUUCGGCUUAGCAACAAAACUUCGGCCUUUUCCGGUAGGUAUACAAAAUGGCGGCUGCUCAGCGAAAAGUUUGACAGGUAAACAUCGUUUUUGAUAUUUUCUUGACUGAAAAUUGUUGUAUUUUUUAAAAAUGAGGGCAAAACACGGGGCACAACACGCCUAUGGUAAGAAUAAGAGGCGAAGGGCAAGUCAGUUGAAGGAGGCACGUUCGAAAUGCGGUGUUAGAGUUACGACCCGUGUUGACAGCGCGAUCGACCCUGUGUCAGAUUCUGACAGCUUUGACGUUUUGGAUACAUCGGAAUCAUCCGGGGACCACGCCGUUGAGGAAAAAAUCCCCGUUGGAGACAAUGAAGAUGGUGACAGCAAAACCCACAAGGCAAUCAACGACCUUCAACCCUAUGGACCAGACAUCAGUAUUGACAAGGAAGACUGUGUUAACCAUGCUCAUAAAAGGAUGGGCACUGCUCUUCUGAAAUUGUCAAAAGAGUUGAGAUUGGGUGGUAGGGGCAAAGGAAAGCUGACUAAAGACAAAGCUCUUAAAUUUCAGUAUUAUUACCGCUUUGCCAUCACUAACAAUGUUGGUAACAUUGAUGGUACAAGGAAUGCAAUCUGGGCAAGUUUGUUUCAUUGCAUGUCAACCGAUGAUUCUCCCCAUCACACUAGAUGUCCCACUGGUCCCUCAAGUUGGUGUUUUUAUAAUAGAGCACUGGCUAAUGAUCUUGAGCCUCCUGCUCACGCAGACAACAUCAGACAUUUUCUCGAUGCAGAAAUUGCAGAAAAGAUGGUACCUGUGUAUCAAAGAAUGUCUGAUGAAAACCUCCUUAAGAGGAUGGUGAAAGGCAAGACACAGAAUGCUAAUGAAUGCUUGCAUUCCGUGAUCUGGUCCCGUUGUCCGAAGACCGUCUUUGUGGGUGCAAGGCGGUUGCAUCGGGCAGUGGCGUCUGCAAUAGCUUCGUUCAAUGAGGGUACUUGUCACAUUACUCAGGUAAUGAACAAGCUUGCAAUAGAAGCUAAUGAAAUAACAGCAGCUUCUGUUGAAAGACUUGAUAAUGUGAGAACCCUCAAAGCAAGGAAGCAAAGCCAGGAGACAUCUAAGAUGGAACGUAGUGAAAAGUGGGAGGCUAAAAAAAGGGACCGAGUUCAUGUUGAGGCAGCUGAAGGCUUGUUGUAUGGUGCUGGGGAGUUUUAAGUCCUGUUAUUUCUUUGCACAUGCAUUGUUUUAUGUAUCUUGAAUACAUCCCAUCAGUAAACUAAGAUUUUGUAAGUGUUUAAUAGGUGCUUUAGGAAGAAAACCAUAUACAAACUUAU